AUGAAAUGUGUUUUUAUAAAAUAUACUAUUCUAGUACGGCUUCAAUUUUUUUUGUCGAUAGGUGACACCAAAUCAAAGGGAAGACCCAGGUCCGCAAGAGCUGCAGCUGCUGUAUUAACUGGUGAAAAAUCCGACAUUGAACCGCAACAGCUUCAAUUACGCAAGGCUUUAGCUGAACGCUUGAGGGCAGAGGUGGUUGCUACAAAUAAAUAG